AGCAAUUAGUACCUGUUUUUGAAGCCAAUUGAACAUAUUUGAAUAUCGUUCGGAAACUGUUAAGCAUCGUUAAAGGAAGUCACGCGAAAAACGAGUAUAAAUACUCGAAAUGGAUGGAAAUGUUCCUAGAAAUGUGUAGAGUUUAAGCUGGUGGAAAGUAGGGACUUGUGUGGGAGACAUCAUGUUGGUACCCAUAUGGAUAUCAAAGGAAUUAUUUGAAAAUUCAUUGAAAACAUUUUAUAAUACAAAAUGCAUCGAAAUCAUAUCCUAUGUAUCCAAAGAUGCCGUAGCUGUAGGUGAAAAUUACACUAGCGAUUUAUUCAGGACAAAAGUUACGUUCCGUUUAAACAAGAGAGAAAAAAUCGAGGAACUUUCCGUUAUUGUUAAAUGUGGAAAUGAAGAGGGUGGAGUCAAGGAAGAUAUGGCAAAAAAGUUACACCUUUUUGAAAAAGAGGCAGAAAUGUAUAGCAGGACCUUCCCUGCCAUAUAUGAAAUUCUAGGAAAAUACUACACUUUGUCUGCUAAAUGUCUCUACACGGCCAUAGAACCUCAUAGGGUGAUACUUAUGGAAGAUCUUACAACCAGUGGAUUUAACGUUUUGCCGAGACACAUUGGAUUCGAUUUGGAGCAUUGUUUCAUGGUUGUGGAGAAAAUGGCGCAGAUGCAUUCGGCUUCUGUCAUUAUGUACGAAAAGGAUCCAUCUCUGGUGAAACAUUACUCAGAAGGACUAUACGCCGAUAACCAAAUAGUUAGAGACUGGGUCUCUGCAGGUUACAAAGGACUAGUAGAUGCUUGUUCCCGCUGGCCGGGUUACGAGAAAUUUGGAUACAAACUGCAAGCAUUGGGGGAAGAAGCCUUACAAAGGGGAUUCGAUGCUCAAAAACGGAAGCUGGGAGGAUUUCACGUACUCAAUCACGGAGACUUGUGGGUAAACAACAUGAUGUUCUCAUAUGGGGAAGGAGGAGAGCUGGAUGAUAUGAGAUUUGUGGAUUUUCAGAUGAACAUUUUCACGAGUCCAGCCAUUGAUUUGCAUUACUUUAUAGCGACAAGUACAAAGAUCGAAGUGAAACUCGAAUGCAUUGAAAUCAUACUCGAUCACUAUUACGCACAACUACUUGCAAAUCUAGCUAAAUUACAGUAUUCUCUAGAAAGGGUACCAACUAGAGAGCAGUUCAAAAAGGAUUACCACUACAGGGCAUUCUUCGGUCUGAUGGGUGCAGCAACGGUCCUACCAUUUGUGAAAGCAUCGAACAGGGCCGACGCUUCUUUUGAAAAUAUCAUAAAGGACGCAUCCAAGGAGGGGUUUCGAUACCAUGCUUACAACAACGAAAGGUACAGGAAGCACAUGGAGCAUUUGUUACCUUAUUAUGACAGCUUCAGUAUUCUUGACUGAUAUAUACUGUUUAAACUAGUUGAAGACUAAACUAAAUAAACUUUGUUAAAAUCGUUAUGUUUCUCUAUACUUAGCAUAUCAAUUCGGCGCAAAAACGUGGUGAGAUACAUGGGUUACACAGUUCAUUGUAUUUUUGUGUAAAUUACAUAUUUAGC